UACAGGAAAUUGCGUAGAAAAACCAGGAAGUGACGACAGAGGGCGGGACGUUUUUUGAAUUCGUGCGGAUCUGUCUGUUGACAAAUCUCACAUCUAAGGUAUCCUUGAAGGUGCCUUUGUUAUUGCCUGCAUUCAUUAUAUUGCACAUGCAAUGUCUUCAAAAAUACCAAGAGGGAUGCAGCCACAUGCAGAAAUGAAGAAAGUGGGUCAUAAAGGUGAAACCAAAGAUACAGCAACUGCCACCCAAAAAUCAGAUGGCAUCCUUAAACCUCAGAGAGAAAACCUGCCACGAAAAAAUGUUGCUCCCAAGCCUCACAAAGGGAUCUCCACCAGGUAUGGACAACAGGCAGAGCUGAAGGAGCAAAAUCAGCACUUGAUCGCUACCAACGAGGAGCUGCAGAAAAACCUUGCAGACACACAGCAAAGGGUAGCUGAGCUGGAGCUACAGAAGAGUGACCUUGAAAAGGAGAAUACACAGGUACAGAAAAACCUGAAGGACUGUCAUGUGCUCCUAGUGGCUUCUAAAAUAGAUCCAGUUUUAGGAGAAAGAGUUGGAGAAGCUGCACGACAAUAUGAAGAUCAGAGAAAAGAAGUUAAGGGCAUCUCGGCUGACCUGCUGCAUGAACUGAAAGCAUUUGGAGGAAUUGCAUCCCAGCAACAAGCUCGGCUAGAGGAAAUCCAAACAUCAAUAACAGAACUUGCUGAAGCUCGGGGACAUAUGAUGCAGGAGAGGGAGAACUUUUCCCUUCAGGUUGCUGAGAUGGAACAAGCUCUCGAGGAAGCUGAAGCCCUCUUGUUGUAAGAGUGAAAAAAAUUAUUCUCAAUUUAAAAUGACUAAAAUAAAUGUGUAUAAUAUUA